CGCGGCGGAGCCAUGGCCCAGAAGGUGGAGGGGCGGCCUCUGAAGGAAACCCUUUCGCUCUGGACACGGGAGCAAGCCCGGCUGAAGGCCCGCGUCGUAGUCCGGAACACCGAGGCGUGGCAGCGGGACCCCGCCUUCUCGGGCUUACACAGGGUCGGGGGCGUUGAUGUGUCCUUCGUGAAAGGGGACAGUGACAGCGCCUGUGCCUCCCUGGUGGUGCUCAGCUACCCUGAGCUCGAGGUGCUGUACGAGGACAGCGGCAUGGUCAGCCUGAUGGCCCCCUACGUGUCAGGCUUCCUGGCCUUCCGAGAGGCACCCUUCCUGGUGGAUGCAGUACAGCGGCUACAGGCAAAGGAGCCCGGCCUCAUGCCCCAGGUCAUUCUUGUGGAUGGAAACGGGGUGCUCCACCACCAAGGCUUCGGGGUGGCCUGCCACCUUGGUGUCCUCACAGAUCUGCCCUGCGUUGGGGUGGCCAAGAAACUUCUGCAGGUGGAUGGGCUGGAGAACAACGCCCUGCACAGGGAGAAGAUACAGCUCUUACAGGCUGGAGGAGACCACUUCCCGCUGAUGGGAAGCUCUGGGACUGUCCUGGGAGUGGCCCUGAAGAGCCACGACCACAGCACCAAGCCCCUCUACAUCUCCGUGGGCCACAAGAUCAGCCUGGAGUCUGCUGUAUGCCUGACCCACCACUGCUGCAGGUUCCGGAUUCCUGAGCCUGUGCGCCAGGCUGACAUCCGCUCCCGAGAGUAUAUCCGUAGGAUCCUGGAACUGCCUGGGCCACCAGCACUCAGGCAGAAGAGGAGCCAGAAGGCGCAGAAGCCAAAGGCAUGCCCCAAAGAAGGCUCAGGGAGCCCACAGAUGAGGCCUGCGAAGGACCACAGCCAAGGCCCCAGGACAGACCUGAGAGCCCCAAAGCCGAGCUCCCAGGGGCGGUAGGACAAGGGCUGGCAGUGGAGUGGAACUGGGCACCGUGAAGAUGCAAAGGCCACCAACCACCCCACUCUGGCCUCGGGACAGUGACCAUCCUUAGGGGGCUGGUCUCUGGGGUCUUGGAGGGACCUUACCCCACAGCUGCAGGUAGAAUGCCACUCCCUAAAAAUGUGCUGACCACAUUACCUUCAGGGGCACAAUGGGCACAGCUGUGCUUGGGUGGGUUGGAAGUGACCACUUCACCCUGCUCUGACAUCAGCUGGUGGACCAUGGUCAGGGUGCCCAGCAGAGGACAGACUGCACGGGGCCAAGUGCCAGACCUGAGGACACAUGAGACUGCCUUCCCAGAGCCCAGGAAAGGGAUUCAGAGCUCAAGUGCCAGGCGGGCCUGUGGCUGCCAACCUAAACAGGCAUCCAAGCUGCAGGCUCGCCCAGCCCCCCAGAAUGUACUGGCCUCUGCUUGCUCUC